AUGACAGAAGCAUUCACGGAAACGACAGCUGAAUACAUUUACGAUGAACACGCGUUUUCCUGCAACAAGACUGACAUCCAAGAAUUUGGGAAAAUUUUUUUGCCAAUAUUUUACAUUGCAGUCUUUGCUCUUGGCCUCACAGGGAACAUAAUGGUGGUUUUUGCCAUUGUGAAAGAAGGCAGUAAAAAAAGUAUCACUGACAUCUAUCUCCUGAACUUGGCUAUCUCGGACCUACUCUUUGUGAUCUCCCUCCCCUUCUGGGCUUCCAACACGGUGCGUGGAUGGACCCUUGGGACUGUUUCAUGCACAGCUGUUUCCUCCCUGUAUUACAUUGGUUUCUUUGGGGGCAUGUUCUUUAUCACUGUUAUCAGUAUCGACAGAUACUUGGCCAUUGUCCGGGCAACAUAUUCUGUGAAAUCCAGAACAGCAAAACAUGGCUUUCUUAUUACCUGUGGAGUAUGGGCAAUAGCUGUUUUAGUUUCAGUGCCACAUUUUGUGUUCUCCCAGCUGGUAGAAAGCGACUGCAUUUCUGUCUUCCCCCAGAGGCUGGAGAACAUCUGGCCAGUGUUCUGCAAUAUGGAGCUGAACACCAUCGGCUUUGUCAUCCCAGUCUGUAUCAUAUGCUAUUGCUACUGUGGGAUCAUCAAAACCCUGCUGUCCUGCAAAAAUCAGAAAAAGUCACGAGCCAUAAAACUGAUCUUGGUUGUGGUGGUCGUGUUUUUUCUGUUUUGGUCCCCCUACAAUGUACUGAUUUUUCUGGAGACAUUAAAGCACUAUGGGUUACUCACAAGUUGCAACCAAAUUAAGUCACUGGACUACGCAAUGCACCUGACCGAAACCAUCGCAUUCAGUCACUGUUGUCUCAACCCUCUUAUUUAUGCCUUUGCUGGGGAAAAAUUCAGGAAAUACCUUUAUCGUGUUUGCUUAAAGUACUGUCCAUUCAUGUGUUUCUGUGGCCCCUGCAGUCGCUACCAGGUCACCCAUUCAGCUAGCUAUGCAGAAAGCAUCGUGAACAGCAACAUAACCCUGAACACCAGUGACCAGGAUGGCUCUGUCUUUGUCUAA